AUGGCUGACAUUCCAUAUUGUGGUGAAGAUACUGCCGUUGAAAAUCUUAGGUUACUUGAAACUGUGACAAGUACUGAUUCGAGGAAACAAAAUAAACAACAUCAUAUUGAUGGUAGAGAAAGGAUGUUUGAAAUUCCGGAAUUCUUGAGGAAGGAAAUUACUCCGGAAGUGCGCGAUACGGACAAGAAAUUGACGUUGAUCGACUCGAAUGCGCCCAAAAUUCCUUCACUCUAUACAUCAACAGUUUCCAGUGAUAAAGCAUGA